AUGCAGGCGGAGGACAUGGAGGUACCUAUCAUUAAUAACCUUAACGAUAACGGCGACAGACUGAGGCCGAAAGGGAAAGAUGUGUUCAAGGAUCAGCAGAAGGAGUCGGAGAGCUCCAUGGAGUCUCCCAACCUGGAGUUUGAAUAUGGAGACACGGACAUGCUUACUGCUGAACUGUCAGAGCUCUACAGUUACACAGAGGAGCCAGAGUUUGCCCUGAACAGAGACUACUUUGAGGAAGACUUCAGGAGCCAUGCCCGAGGCAGGAGGUGGAUAGAGCUGACGGUGGAGGAGCAGAGGACGUAUGUGAUGAGGCUGCUGGAUGCACUUGAAGUGACCGACAGAGACAAGAGGCUGAAGGUGGCCAGGGCCAUCCUCUACCUGGCUCAGGGAGUGUUUGACGAGUGUGACACAGAGGUGGAUGUGCUCCACUGGUCCAGACACAAUGUCUUCCUGCUCUACGACAUGGGCAUCUUCACGGCGCUGCUGGAGCUGCUCAGCAUGGAGAUAGAUAACAAUCAGGCGUGCAGCAGUGCAGUGAGGAAGCCUGCCAUCUCUCUUGCAGACAGCACAGAGCUCAGAGUGUUACUGAGCAUCAUGUAUCUGAUGGUGGAGACCAUUAGAGUUCAAACAGAAGACGACAGACCAGAAUGGAGAGCGGCCAGAGAAGCCUUCAAGAAUGAGCUAGGGUCACCUCUGUACAACGGCGAGCCCUUUGCCCUGCUCCUCUUCACCAUGGUGACCAAGUUCUGCAGCAUGAACGCGCCACACUUCCCCAUGAAGAAAGUACUCCUGCUGCUCUGGAAGACCAUCUUGUUCACCUUGGGGGGUUUUGAAGAACUGCAGGAGAUGAAGGUGCGGGGGCGCGAGCGUCUGAACCUGCCCCCGCUGCCAGAGGACAGCAUCAAGGUGGUCAGGGCCAUGAGAGCAGCGUCGCCACCGGCCUCCGCCAUGGAGCUCAUCGAACAGCAGCAGCAGCAGAAGAGAGGCCGUCGCAGCCGCAGGAGUGCCUUUGUUGAUAGCUUGGAAGGAGACAGUCCCUUUCCCAAGAAGCAGCCUCUGGUUAAGCAGGACAGUCUGGAUACAUACAACGAGCGGGACCCCUUCAAGAAUGAUGAUGCACGGGACGAGGAGGAGGACCCAGAGGACACCGACAGUGGCAUCGAGGGUGAGGUGGACCCCCUCGACCGUGACGUAAUCAUCCAGCCCCCACCGCCGCCACCUCCUCUGAGACCCCCGACAGAGAGGGUCAACUUUCCUAAAGGCCUCCCCUGGGCCCCUAAAGUCAGGGAGAAAGACAUUGAGCACUUCCUGGAGACCAGUAGAAAUAAGUUCAUUGGCUUCACACUGGGAAAUGACACAGAGACCCUGGUGGGCCUGCCCAGACCCAUCCAUGAGAGCGUCAAGACUCUUAAACAGCACAAAUAUGUCUCCAUCGCUGAAGUCCAGAUCAAGAAGGAGGAGGAGCUACAACAAUGUCCAAUGACCCUGGGUGAGGAGGAGGUGGAGGACACACCAACAGAGAUGCUGUACCUGGGCAUGCUUCCAAACCUUUCCCAGUAUGUGAUUGCCCUCCUUAAGCUGCUGCUGGCUGCAGCUCCGACCUCCAAAGCCAAAACGGACUCCAUUAACAUCUUGGCUGAUGUGCUGCCUGAGGAGAUGCCUAUCACAGUCCUUCAGAGCAUGAAGCUGGGAAUUGAUGUGAACCGCCACAAGGAAAUCAUCGUCAAGGCCAUCUCUGCUUUGUUACUGCUGCUCCUCAAGCACUUCAAACUCAACCACAUUUAUCAGUUUGAGAUUGUCUCACAGCACCUGGUGUUUGCCAACUGUAUCCCACUCAUCCUCAAGUUCUUCAACCAGAACAUCAUGUCUUAUAUUAGUGCCAAAAACAGUAUAUGUGUGCUGGACUUCCCCCACUGUGUGGUCCAUGAGAUGCCUGAGCUUACAGCUGAGAGCCUGGAAGCAGGAGACAGCAACCAAUUCUGUUGGAGAAACCUGUUCUCUUGUAUAAAUCUAUUGAGAAUCUUGAACAAGCUGACCAAAUGGAAACACUCAAGGACCAUGAUGCUGGUGGUGUUCAAGUCUGCCCCCAUCCUGAAAAGAGCCCUGAAGGUGAAGCAGGCCAUGAUGCAGCUCUACGUUCUCAAGCUGCUUAAGAUCCAGACAAAAUAUCUGGGCCGCCAGUGGAGGAAGAGCAACAUGAAGACCAUGUCAGCCAUCUACCAGAAAGUCCGCCAUAGGCUCAAUGAUGACUGGGCCUACGGAAAUGAUAUUGACGCACGGCCUUGGGACUUCCAGGCAGAGGAGUGUGCCCUCCGAGAGAGCAUCGAGAAGUUCAACAGCCGUCGCUACGACAAGAAUAAGAACGGCGACUUUGCGCCUGUGGACAACUGCCUGCAGAGCGUGCUGGGCCAGCGCGUGGACCUGCCCGAGGACUUCCACUAUAGCUACGAGAUGUGGCUGGAGAGAGAGGUCUUCUCUCAGCCCAUCCAGUGGGAGGGGCUGCUGCAGAAUCCAUGA